CUCCCCAUAUACCAAAUAGGCCGGCGCAUCACCCUCAGCUUGCAGCACAUUUGCGACGCGACUUACCUCGCACCACAUCCCCUUUUGCCUUCCACCACCCCGAGGCAACUUCCACGUCCCACCACGAGAGUAGCCCAGCUCUUGGCACAGCUUGGAUACAAAAGUCCUACGAUCAUCCCCAUUGAUUUGGCCUUUCGUGGACCAGUAGGGUGCUUUAAUAUGAGCUGUUUGUAAACAGGCCUCCGGAGAAGCACGUACAAGAGCCAUAUAUUACUGGGAGUUCGUAAGAGUGGUACAGGGACACGCGCAACCGACAUGGCGACGGUUCAAGCACCUGCAGUGCAGCACCCAGGUCCUUCCCCUAACAUGCCUCAGCAGAUGAAUGGUCAACACAUCAGGGAGAUGUUUCUGAAACUUAAACAAAUGCAGGAGCAAGGUGUACCAAAGACGGACCCCGAGUUCAUGAAGUUGAAUCAGUUUUUGGUCAACAUCCAACAACAACACCAGAUGCAGAAUCAUUUUCGUCAUCAGCAGCAAGCACAGAUGCAACAGAAGCAGCAUAUGGGUCAGAACACUCCCAACGGACAACCCAACGGAGCUUCACCUGCUGUCUCUCAGAGCUCCCAGCCGCCAUCUUCUACUGCGGUGACCACUUCUGGUCUGCCAUCUACAUCAGGUCCCAUGGCUCAGCCGAAUGUUUCAUCGCCAUCAACGACGGGUCCGGCCAGUCAGUUUAGUCAACAGCAACUAGGGCUACUGAGACAGCAGAUCCAGGCAUUCAAGCUGAUAACAAAAAAUGCCGGUGUUCCUUACCCCAUGCAACAAGCUCUGAAUGCGCAGCGUCAGCGGAGACAAGCUGUUGCAGAGCAGUCUACCCAACCCCCACCAGUUUCUACUGCUGCCGCGGCUGCUGCAACGCCAUCAGCUGUAGGUUCUGUCAAGGCUGUCUCUGUUGGCCCUGAUGGCACCGUAGAGACUGAAGCAUCUUCAGCCCCUAAGGGACGAACAUAUAAGACAGUCAAGUCGCCUUACGAAAGUGGCCUCGUCCACAAGGACAUCGGGUACUACGACCACAGCCAGCGAAAACAUCGCCUUAUUGUUCCCAGUGUAUUCCCCACCGGCGUUGAUUUUGAGCAGUUGAGGCACGAGCGCGAGAUCAUUAUAUUCAACCGGAUGAAGGCGAGGUACGCGGAGCUGAAAGCUGUGCCUGGCAAUAUUGCUCACUGGGAUAUGACCAAAGAUGCUAUUGAGGCAGACGAUACCGUCAAGCGCAAGGCCAUCAUUGAGCUGAAGUCUUUGGGUUUGUAUGCCAAGCAGCGGGCAUUGCGGGAAAAGAUUGGACGGCAGAUGAUGCACUACGAUAAUCUUGCUAUGACCACGAACCGGAGCAUGUAUCGUCGGUCCAAGAAGCAGAAUGUUCGCGAGGCUCGUAUCACGGAGAAACUCGAGAAACAACAGCGGGAUGCUCGUGAGCACCGCGAAAAGAAGAAGCACACCGACUUCCUCCAGUCUGUUCAACACCACAAAUCGGAGAUCCUCAACUUUGCUCUUUCUGCUCGCAGCAAGAUGGCCAAGAUUGGUCGCGCCAUGUACGCGCACCACUUCAACAUAGAGAAAGAAGAGCAGAAACGCAUUGAGCGAACUGCCAAGCAACGUCUGCAAGCCUUAAAGGCCAACGAUGAAGAGGCCUACCUUAAGCUACUCGACCAGGCGAAGGAUACACGUAUCACACACCUUCUCAAGCAAACCGAUGGCUUCUUGCACCAGCUUGCUUCCUCCGUCAAGGCGCAACAACGGCAAGCUGCCCAGUUGCAUGGACAGGAGGAAGACUUCCCCGAGGAAGAGAGCGAAGUUGAGGAGGAAGGCGAGAGCGGUCGCAAGAUUGAUUACUAUGCAGUCGCUCACCGUGUUAAGGAAGAAGUCACUGAGCAGGCCAACAUGCUGGUCGGCGGUAACCUCAAAGAGUACCAGAUCAAGGGUCUGCAAUGGAUGUUGUCGCUCUACAACAACAACCUUAAUGGUAUCCUCGCCGAUGAAAUGGGUCUCGGCAAGACCAUUCAAACCAUCAGCUUGAUCACGUACUUGAUUGAGAGGAAGCAGCAGAAUGGUCCUUACCUCGUCAUUGUGCCCUUGAGUACCUUGACUAAUUGGAACCUCGAGUUUGAUAAGUGGGCUCCGUCUGUCACCAAAGUAGUCUACAAGGGACCCCCGAACACCCGAAAACUGCAACAAGAAAAGAUCCGACAAGGCAGAUUCCAGGUUCUGCUCACGACGUACGAGUACAUCAUCAAGGACCGCCCCAUUUUGAGUAAGAUCAAAUGGUUCCACAUGAUUAUCGACGAAGGUCAUCGCAUGAAGAACACGAACUCUAAACUAAGCGCCACCAUCUCGCAGUACUACAGCACUCGAUUCCGUCUCAUUCUUACUGGUACUCCUCUCCAGAACAACUUGGGCGAACUGUGGGCUAUGCUAAAUUUCGUUCUCCCCAACAUCUUCAAGUCCGUCAAGACGUUCGAUGAAUGGUUCAACACGCCUUUUGCCAACACCGGUAGCCAGGACAAGAUGGAAUUGAACGAAGAAGAGCAAAUCCUCGUCAUUCGUCGUCUUCACAAGGUGUUGCGACCAUUUCUACUGCGUCGUCUCAAGAAGGACGUCGAGAAAGACUUGCCCGACAAGACCGAAAAGGUCAUCAAGUGCAAGUUCUCUGCUCUGCAACAACGUCUAUACAAGCAAAUGGUUACGCACCAGAAAAUCGCUGUCAGCGAUGCCAAAGGCAACAAGGUAGCAUCGCGUGGUCUCAGCAACAUGAUCAUGCAGCUCCGGAAGUUGUGUAACCAUCCAUUUGUGUUUGACGAAGUCGAGAAUCAGAUGAACCCCAUGAGCACAAGUAACGAUUUGCUGUGGAGAACGUCCGGAAAGUUCGAGCUUCUUGACCGGGUUCUACCAAAGUACAAAGCAAGUGGGCAUCGCGUUCUUAUGUUUUUCCAAAUGACCGCAAUUAUGGACAUUAUGGAGGAUUACCUCCGAUUCCGAGGCCUCAAGUAUCUCCGCCUGGAUGGUACUACCAAAUCAGAGGAUAGAUCAGACUUGUUGAGGGUCUUCAACGCACCCAACUCGGAUUACUUCAUGUUCCUGCUCUCCACCCGUGCCGGUGGUCUGGGUCUCAACCUGCAAACCGCCGAUACCGUCAUCAUAUACGACUCGGACUGGAAUCCUCAUCAGGAUUUGCAAGCACAAGAUCGUGCUCAUCGUAUCGGGCAAAAGAACGAGGUCCGCAUCUUGCGACUCAUCAGCUCAAAUUCCGUGGAGGAGAAGAUCCUGGAGCGAGCGAGAUAUAAACUCGACAUGGACGGCAAGGUCAUCCAGGCUGGUCGAUUCGACAACAAGUCGUCGGAAACGGAUCGUGACGCCAUGUUGCGUACUCUCCUGGAAAGCGCUGAUAUGGCCGAAUCUGGCGAUCAGGAUGAGAUGGACGAUGAGGAACUGAACUUGAUGCUCGCCCGAAAUGACGACGAAGUUCUUCUCUUCCAGAAGCUGGACGAAGAGCGCGCCAAGGACCCGACGUACGGUUCUGCACCUGGAAGCAAGCGCAUCCCCCGUCUCAUGGCAGAAAGUGAACUUCCUGAGCUUUACAUGUCCGAAGGUAAUCCUAUGCCUGAAGUCGAGGAGGAAGUUCUCGGUCGUGGUGCCCGUGAGCGUACCCGAGUCAAGUACGACGAUGGCUUGACCGAGGAGCAAUGGCUUAUGGCUGUUGACGACGACGACGACUCCCCUGAAGCUGCGGCGGCCCGAAAGCAGGCUAGGAAGGACAGGCGCGAACAAAACCGGCUGAAGCGAAUAGCGGCCGGCGGCUCUGAUGUAAACUCGCCGAUGGCUAGCAGAGCUAGUACGGAAGAGGUUGAGACGCCUCCACCCCAGCAGCAGCCGCAGAAAAAGCGCGGUCGCAAACCUGGCAGCAAGAACGAAAAGCGCAAGGUCGAAGACGAAGAUGGCGAACCCCCGCUCAAGAAGCGACGUGGACCUCAAGGGCGUCCUAAAGCCGUAGCAGCAAAUGGUGGUGGCUCAAGUCUCGCCCCAGAAGUGCGCCAACUUCUGCAGAAGACCAUGCGUAGCAUCUUUGACGGCCUGAUGUCCCUGGAAGCCGAUGAUCCAGAGCCCGAAGACAAGGAUGACGAUGAUGAGGACGAUGAGCCAGCAAAACGUCUCAUCAUUGGACCAUUUGUCAAGCUUCCCUCGAAGCGAGACUACAGUGAUUAUUACCUCCUCAUCCAAAAUCCCAUCUGCAUGAACCAAAUCCAGACCAAGAUCAAGAAAGAGGAGUAUAACAGCCUUAACGACAUGCGGAAGGACAUUAUGUUGAUGUGUGGGAACUGCAAGACCUACAACGAGGAUGGCAGUCUACUGUAUGCGGAUGCCAUUGUCAUGGAGAACUUCUUCAACGCGAGGGCUCAAAAGGCGCUCAACGAUCACCCAGAGCUGGCUGAGCUUGAAGAUCCAUCCGCCAAGGACAGUAGUGCGGUGCCAACUACGAGUGCAGGAACUCCUCAGCCGGCAGCCAAUACAACCAGGAUCAGGCUAGUGACUAAUGGUAGCAGCCAAGCCAACGGUGGCCCGAGCAGCACUCAGGGUGACGGCGAAUGAGACAGUAAGUCGAGUUGAGGUCGGCGGCAACCGUUCUAGCAUUGUUAGACCCCCAAGCAUUGCGCAAAGACGGCUGGGCAUGGCGUUACAUGAAAAUGGACUCCCACGUGAGCUGAGAAGGCUUGUUCGCGGAAGUCAGGUCAUUUUAGACAUUUGGGAUUGUGUACCCUCAUGCAAUAGCAU